UAGGUAGGUUGGUACCUCAGCCAUAAGUAGACUGGCACCAGUAUAUAAGAUGACUCGCAGGUCAGUCGUAUUGGUGUUUUGUUCUAGGGUUAGACGGGUUAGAAAGAUCCGAUAUCAUCGAAUAUCUUGUCAAAAUGGGGACAUCCUUCAGUAUCAUAGUCGUUGUUAUCAUCUCUCUAGUAUUUUCAAGUCGCUUCAACACCUUCACACAGUGGGUUUUUCACAGACUUGGACGCAAGACUCUUCAACAACAUCCCCACCUUCUGUCCGUGGAAGACCAUCGUGAUAUUGCCGACUUUAGCAUCCUUGGUAAAGACGUGGGUCUUGUAGACAAGCUAACGGCUCGGGCCGUACCGAACCACAGACUCGUCAAAGCUUUCGCCAUCGCGAACUCGUUUACCACGACGGAUACGACUAUCCACAACGAGUUCGUCACCUCGGUCGACCGAGCCCUUGACCAUCUCGAGACUGCUCAGCACUCGGUGAACCUAGCAUGUCUAGCUCGAGUCUACUGUCUUGGCGUCAUUCUCAACGUCCUCUUUGGCAAAGACCCCCAAACCUUUGACAUCGACGACGCUGUCGUGGCGAGCGACGCUAUCAACCGCCUCUGGGUAGAUUCCAAAGAUGUUUCGCGCCCAGUGUCACCAAAGGACCAAGCACAACUCCAAGAUUCUCUGCGACGUCUGCUCCCCGAUUCAUACUCAGACGUACCAGAGAAGCAACCUCUCAAUUUGAUCAUGCCAGCCUACGAAACCAUGUGGCGCAUCGUGUUGCAAACCUACAUCUCCGCCGGGUUCCGCGCUCCGGAUCAAACAACGGCGCAACACUUCCAAGAAGUCGUCCAGAGUGUUCCGCAGUGCUUCGGCAAUCAGUCUAUGAAGUACCAAGAGGAUAAAGCUCUAGCCUUUUCCAAGGAAGCGCUACGACUGUACCCUCCCACAAAGCGGAUCCACCGCGCCGUGCCCCAGGACCGAGACAGCAACCCGGACUCACCCCAGCCUUGCAACCGCGGCAGCACAUACGCCACCGUCUCUGCGGACGUCGAAGCCUGCCACCGGGACCCCUCGCAAUGGGGCCGCGACGCCCUGGCCUUCUGCCCCUCGCGCUUCAGCACCAGGCGCUGGCCCGACGACCCAUCCCACACGCCCGCGCGCCCCCCGCGCGAGGCCUACAUGCCGUUCGGCGUCGGCAAGCACAUGUGUCCCGCGGGGCCCGGCACCGGGUUCGCGAACCGCGUGGUCGUCAUCCUGGCGGUGACGCUCGCGAAGCGGCUGGGCACGGGGGGGUCUGGGGCCGCGGUGGUGGGGUUGGAUGGGGAUGUCGGGAGGCUGCUGCCGUCCGGGAGGGAGGAUAUGGAGGGUUGGGUGUUGGAGAUGAAUGUGGAUGUGGAGGGGGAUGACGGGGAUGGGAAAAGGGGGCGGGGAAGUGGAGAAGAAAGGGGGGGUCAACUGAUUUGAUGUGUGCAGUAGUGUUGUCGCACAGCAUGUCAACCUACGUACAUAAGUAGGGACAUAUGUAGUUUGCGAUGGAGAUGAAAAUGUAUAGAUACCUGCUUGGAUUAGGUGAAAUGGAAGUCUGUCUUGAUUAGUUAUUGUAUUUUUUUGUAUUUUAGCAAACAGCAGAAUUAUUCUAACA